CAACAACAACCCCCCCCUCAACGAAUGCAAAAAAAAGGUGAAAGCUGAGUAUCCCGAAGUGGAUAUAACCAAGAUCACCUUCGGCGAACAAGAGGAAGGGGUGGAGAAGAACAAUGAAAGUAUGUCAGCGGACUUCCGCCCCUCAAAUUAAACUGAGGUGGGAUCACAAUGAAGAAGGACACACCAUUUUUCCUCCGAACUUUGACUUCGAGUUCGUAGUAGUGGAGGAAGAGGAAGCAGAGGUAGAAAGUGCUGAAGUUGAGGAGAGCCAACCACCUCUGCAAGUGGAGGUCCAUCCAGUUCCCUCUAAUGAUGAACAACCACCUCUUCCAGCAGAUCAGGAGCCACCUCAGCCACCUCCUCCAGCGAAAUAGUUAGGGAUUUUAAUUUUUUGAUUUAUGUAGUUUUAAUGUGAACAAUGAUUAAUUUAAACAUUUUUGUACAUUUGUUGAUUAAUCUAAAGAAAAUUUUUGAAAUUGG